CCAAAAUGUCACCCAAAUCAGUAUGCCGUUGACUGGCCAGUGAUCAAGACAUACAAAAAGUAACAUUUUUGCAGGAAAAAUGAAACCCUCAACUAUUAUCCGUUUUAUAAUAUUGCUUCUCUUUGGACAUGGGGAAGGGGCCAGAAUUUUGGCACCUUUCUUUCUGCCCGUUCGAAGUCACUUUAUGAUGACAAAUGCCAUUAUACGAGAGCUAGUGCAACGUGGACAUGAGGUUACCUUUAUAACACCAUUUUCCUUGGCCAAGGAAAAUCUGGGAGCCAACUACACAGAAGUUCUUUUGCCACUUUACAAUACAUGGGCUGAUAUUUCUGAAAUAAUGAAGACCUCGUCGGCCCUGGACAUGGUUGAUGUACCCAAAUGGACAGCUAUGAAAUUGGCCCAACACAUUGGCCUAAAGUCAACGGAUUUUGCUUUGGCCCAACCAGAGAUUCAAAAGCUAAUCCAUGCCAAGGAUAAAGUGGGAAAAUAUGAUCUCCUCUUGGUGGAACAGUUUUACAAUGAAGGAGCUUUGAUGCUGGGUCAUUUGUACCAAGUGCCGGUUAUAAGCAUAGCAACCUUUGCUUAUGCCAACUAUUUUAGCCAACUCUUUGGCUUUAUAACGCCAUUAUCGUAUGUGCCAAAUGUUUUUCUAUCCUGCACGGAUAGAAUGACCCUUUGGCAAAGGCUAGAAAAUGUGGUAAUUGGUGCUAAAGAGGAUUUCCAUAGAGAACUUUUCUAUUAUCCAGCCCAGGAUGCCAUUAUAAAAAAGUAUUUUGCUAGUUUAUUGCCAGAGGUGCCAAGGGUUAAGGAAUUGGAAAGAAAUAUCUCGGCCAUAUUCUUGAACAGCUAUAUGCCCCUGACAUCUCCAAGACCCAUGACCUUUAACAUGAUCUCUGUGGGAGGACUGCACAUCCAGCCACCCAAACGGUUGCCAGGACAUAUACAAAAGUUUCUCGAUGAGGCAGAACACGGUGCUAUAUACUUUAGUCUGGGAUCCCAAGUCCGCAGUGCUGACAUGCCGGCCGAGAAGCUAAACAUCUUCCUUGGUGUUUUUGCCAGGCUCAAACAACGCGUUUUGUGGAAAUUCGAAGAUGACAAGUUGCCCAAUCUCCCUGGAAAUGUAAAAGUGGAAAAGUGGCUGCCACAAGCUGAUAUUUUGGCCCAUCCUAAGGUGAGGGUUUUCAUUGCCCAUGGCGGACUCUUUGGCAUGCAGGAGGCAGUACAUCAUGCGGUCCCAGUGCUGGGAAUGCCUUUCUAUUUCGAUCAGAAUCCCAAUAUAAAGGAAGGGAUAUCUGCUGGCUAUGCCAUUGGUCUGGACUAUCGGGACAUAUCGGAGGAAAAGCUAGAGUUGGCCCUCACAGAGUUGCUGUCAAAUCCUAAAUACAAAGAUAAUAUGAAUCGAGCUUCAAAGAUCUUUAGGGAUCGUCCGCUCGGGGCUAUGGACACGGCCAUGUACUGGAUAGAUUAUGUCAUUGAACAUCGUGGAGCUCCACACUUGGUGGCAGCAGGGGUAAACCUUCCCUGGUAUCAAUUUUAUCUACUGGAUGUCGUUGCUAUUAUAGUAUUUAUUAUUUCAUUCUUUAUUUUAAUAUUAUGCAGAAUUUUUCGAAAGGUUAAAGAUUUGCAGGGAAUUACAAAGUGGAAAAAAAUACAAUGAGAGGUAGUAUAAGAAAAUAAGAAAUAAAUUUAAAUUAAAUUGGUUAAAGCAA